AUGAUCAGUUCGGAGGCCUCACUAGGUGCCUCCGCUCCACCAUACUUUAGUCAGCCUCAAUCUGAACCGGAAUACAUGAAUCCUGCCGCUUUUGCUCCAACAACGUACUCAUAUCAACCAAGUGUUAUGUGUUCGAUGCAAACGCAAGCACAUUGUUUUGGAAGCUUCCCAUUUGGUCUGCCAUCACAAAUGCCACCUUAUCAACAGCCCCCGGUACCACCACCACCGAUGCCGCUCCCAUUCGACGAUCGUCGGCUAGUUGCUCCUGCAUCAAUCGGUCAAAAC